AGGUGGGACGUAUAUGAGUGCAGGCGGCGGGCUCUAGGUCCCUUUUACCGCCAUCAGAGCGGACUGGCUUCUCUUUGCACCGGGACCGACACACUAUCACCGCAGCAGCCGCCUUUCCUGCUCCAUCCUCCGGCCAAACAGCGCAGCUUCACUUUAGACUCAGCAAAGAUGGCAGACAUGGACAACAAAGAGCAGGCCGAGAUGGACCCUGCAGAUAUGGAAGACGUGGAAGAAGUGGAGGAAGAAGAGACCGGAGAAGACGUCAACAGCAAAGUCAGUCGUUUGACGGUCCAGAUGAUGCAGAACCCACAGAUCUUGGCCGCGCUGCAGGAGAGACUCGACGGGCUCAACGGCUCCCCCUCAGGAUACAUCGAGAGUUUACCGAAGGUGGUGAAGCGCCGUAUCAACGCUCUGAAGAACCUGCAGGUGAAGUGCGCUCACAUCGAGGCAAAGUUUUAUGAAGAAGUCCACGAGCUCGAGAGAAAAUAUGCCGCCCUCUACCAGCCGCUCUUCGACAAGAGGAGCGAGAUCGUCAAAGCUGCCUACGAGCCCACAGACGAAGAGUGCGAGUGGAAAGCUGACGAUGAGGAAGAGCUCACAGUAAGUAAACAGGAGGAGAUGAAGGAGAAGGCGAAGUUGGAGGAGGAGAAAAAGGAUGAGGAGAAAGAAGACCCCAAAGGAAUCCCAGAGUUCUGGCUCACGGUGUUUAAGAACGUGGACCUGCUCAGCGACAUGCUCCAGGAACACGAUGAGCCUAUCCUUAAACAUUUACAAGAUAUCAAAGUGAAAUUCUCAGAUCCAGGGCAGCCCAUGAGUUUUACAUUAGAAUUCCACUUCGAGCCAAAUGACUUCUUCUCGAACACAGUCCUCACAAAGACGUACAAAAUGAGGUCUGAGCCGGACGAGAGCGACCCCUUCUCCUUCGACGGCCCAGAGAUCAUGAGCUGCACAGGUUGCACGAUCGAGUGGACGAAGGGCAAAAACGUCACAUUGAAAACAAUCAAGAAGAAACAGAAGCACAAGGGGCGCGGCACCGUCCGGACAGUGACCAAGACUGUGCCCAACGACUCCUUUUUUAACUUCUUCACUCCUCCAGAGGUGCCAGAAAACGGAGAGUUGGAUGAAGACUCAGAGGCGAUCCUGGCCGCAGACUUUGAGAUCGGUCACUUUAUUCGUGAGAGAAUCGUUCCUCGGGCCGUUCUCUACUUCACAGGAGAGGCCAUCGAGGACGACGACGACGAUUACGAUGAGGAGGGAGAGGAAGCAGAUGAUGAGGAAGGAGAGGAGGAGGCCGAUGAAGAAAAUGACCCAGACUACGUUCCUAAGGUUUAAGUGAUCACUGUAGAAUUACCUGUCCUGAAAGACGCCCCUCCAGCCGAAUGCAAGCAGCAGUGAAGCGAGCCGCUGCCUUGAGAAUCUCCAACUUCUCUAAACGAAACAAAAAAAAUUAAAAAAAACAACUUAAAAAAUAGUUACUUACGCCUUAUAAUGUUUUGUAUUUUUCUUGGUAGAGAAUUUGAAGUAAAAAAAAAAUGAUUUCAAGAUUUUUGUUAUACGAAAACUCAUGGUAACAUACUGGGAGCUCCGGCUCGUAUAUAGUAUUUUAUUAUUCUAUAUAGACUUGUUCCUCUCUUCUGUACAAUAGAGACGUGCACUGCAAAAACACGGAGAUGAAAUGACUCAAGUUUAGAAAAUUUGGCUUUUUGAGAAGUUUUGUCUCGGUUUAUUUAAAUUAUUUGACUAAAAUAAUUUAAAAUCUUGGUAAAAUCUGCCGUUUGCUUUAUUUUGGCUCAAAUUUAAAGCUGAAAAACACAACUAUACCUCCACCUGCUCGGCUCUGUGGACAUUUUACCGCUUUGUUUAUGUUCCGCAAUAUGGCAUUUGGCUUUAUCUCCGUGGAGACGAGCCGCUGACGCCGCCGGGGCCGAGUUAAAGGUCAGAUCUGUGCAGAGGCGAGCCCACGCGCAGUAAGGACAGCACGUUUUCGAGGCGUUUUAUCGGCGCUUAAAACGCCAUAACUGAACAAAUAGGGUUUCGAAGUUUAAUGCCAGACUGCGGAACAUUCCAGACGAGGCCAUAACAUCUCCGCGGUGAAGAGGAGGUGCGGAAUUCCCAUCAGAAAAGCCACAGAGUUCACCUUUUUAAUGCGUUUUUUGAUCAUAUUUUCCUGUCAAAUCGGGUCAAUUUUGCUGCGUAACUUUUCUGCUUUAGGGCCCAUCGCCUGCUUGUUGCUAUAGUUACCUCGUUGUUGAGCCUGGAAUGUUCCGCAGUGUGACUUAAACACCUCUAGUUUACAUUUAUUCAAUUCGAAGUGGUUUUAAAGCUCAAAAACGCUUACAAAAUCGCAAAAAAUUCUAACUUUGCGUCGUCGUCUCAACGCAGAUCUGACCCACAACUUGGUUUCCACGACGAUAAAGGUUUAAUGCCAUACUGCGGAACAUUCCAGACGAGACCAUAACAUCUCUGCGGUGAAGAGGAGGCGCGAAAUUCCCGUCAGAAAAGCCGCAGAGUUCACCUUUUUAAAUCAAUUUUUCAUCGCAUUUUCGUGUCAAAUCGGGUCAAUUUCGCUGCGUAACUUUUCUCGUUUUGGUUCCGUCGCCUGCCUGUUGCUAUGGAGACGUCAUUGCUCAGCCUGGAAUGUUCCGCACUGUGACAUUAAACACCUCUGGUUUACGUUUAUUCGAUUCGAAGCGGUUUUAAAGCUCAAAAACGCCUAGAAAAACGCAAAAAUUCUGACCGUGCGGCGUCGCCUCAACGCAAAUCUGACCCGCAACUUUGGUUUCCACGACGAUAGAAAGGUUUAAUGCCAUACUGCGGAACGUUCCAGACAAAGCGAUAAGUCGUAAUACCACGGAGAAAAGCGUUUGAUGGAUCCUCGGCCAAAAAAAGUUGCACAGUGCAGCUUUAUAAAUCAGAACUGGCCAAAACUGCUGUAAAACGGUCGAACGUUCUGAAUUUGAGUCGUUUUAAUCGCGUUUCCGUGUUUUUUCUUUGCAGUGCAGGGGGCAAAAGCAUGAACUACUAUCACUGCUAAAACUAGUUUGGGUUCUCGUGAAGUCUUUUGUUGUUUUUGAUCUUAGACAACAGCUGUUAGCUCGAAUGCUACGUGGCUUAAAAUUUAAGAAUUCAAAACCGGUCAUUCCUGAACCCGGGAUCGUCCUGUGCGACCAUCUCAUAUUCCCACUUUCACUUUCACUUUGACGUGUUUAAAAUCGGUUAUUGCAUUGUUAUUCCGAUGUUAUUACACUAUUAAAAGUAUUACAAUGGUUUUCUCGUAUCUGAAAGUACCAAAUUUAAGCUUUUUUUUGGAGCGUUUCUUGUAGCAUUUCCAUUAAAGGGACCCGUUACUCAGUUAUUUGGUCACUUCCUUUGGUUGAUUUUUGUUUUACUUUCCAAACUUUAAGACAUUCCAGUGACUAAAACUGGCAUCGACACUUGGAAAUUUCAGAUUUUUAGACCACACGGUGAAAAAAAUAUGUGCGAUCUUUCAAAAAUGAAUGUUAAAUAAAAUAAAAAUACAGUUCUUUCGGUGGAUUUUGAACAGAA